CCCUGCAGUAGGCUCUCUGCUUUCCAGGACCAGCUGUUUUGUGUUGGAGGCACCAGGCAGGGGCUCAGGCAGCACAGAGGCCUCCAAACCCGCACUGUUCCCCGCGGCCCUGCUCAGAGCCUCGCUACCGCACUGGCUGCUCUGAGCUUAGCUGGUUCUAAGGAGUGAGGCCCUGCUUACACCACGUUGCCAUCUGCCUCUCCUCUCCAGUUACUCUCUGUUCUCCCUCGUGGGAGACAAGAGGCUUCCAGCCUCCCUGGGCCUCUGCUUCCCAGGAAGACGGCGCAUUCAGGACUCUGGGCUCUCACUGGUGCCCUGCUUCUUUCUCGGGAUGGGCCACGCAGUCACCUUCAGAUCAGGCCUGUCCCUGCUCCAGGUGCAGGAAGGAGGGUAAGGAGGACCGUGAGGUGGGCUCACCUGCACCUGCUGCACGGGCCUUCCCGACCCUCCAAGAAUGAACGGUGAUGUCCUCUAGCCACCCCUAGCAGCGUCUUGGUUCUCCCUGGCCACAGCAGCUGACCAGGACUGGGACUUUCUCCACAAGCGGUCGGGACCGGCAGUCAGUGAUGACUGUCCAGAAACUGGUGGCCACAGCCGUGCUGGUGGCCCUGGUCUCUCUCAUCCUCAACAAUGCAGCAGCCUUCACCCCCAACUGGGUGUAUCAGACGCUGGAGGAUGGGCGCAAGCGAAGUGUGGGGCUAUGGAGGUCCUGCUGGCUGGUGGACAGGGCCCGGGGAGGGCCAAGUCCCGGGGUCAGGCCCGGGCAGGCGGAUGCAAGGGACUGCGAGGCCCUGGGCUGGGGCUCUGAGGCAGCAGGCUUCCAGGAGUCCAGAGGCACCGUCAAACUGCAAUUCGACAUGAUGCGUGCCUGCAACCUGGUUGCCACGGUGGCCCUCGCUGCAGGCCAGCUCACUUUCAUCUUGGGGCUGACAGGCCUGCCCCUGAUGUCGCCUGAUUCCCAGUGCUGGGAGGAGGCCAUGGCUGCUGCGUUCCAGCUGGCAAGUUUUAUCCUGGUCAUUGGGCUGGUGACGUUCUACAGAAUCGGCCCGUACACCAGCCUGUCCUGGUCUUGCUACCUGAACAUUGGGGCCUGCCUCCUGGCCACCCUGGCAGCUGCCAUGCUCAUCUGGAACAUUCUUCACAGGAGAGAGGACUGCAUGGCACCCAGAGUGAUUGUCAUCAGCCGCUCCUUGACUGCUCGGUUUCGCCGUGGCCUAGAUAACGACUAUGUGGAGUCACCAUGCUGAGGGUUGCCAGGGAGGGACCCUGCUUGGGACUUUAUCCACUGUAAUGGAACAGUCUAGAAACCAAGGGACUGCCUGUGUGAAGGUGGUUGGUUUGUAUGGUUUCUUAUAUAUGCAUAUGUACGAUACACAGGUAUGUUUACUACGUUUAUAUAAAUAUAUUAUAUGAUCAUAUAUUGUCUGUGCCAGCCUCCUCCUGACCCACUCACAACCUGGCUUCACGCUCACGCACGUCGCAAGGAGGAGACCAGCACCUGAGAUGCACGUGAGGAGUGGCAGCUGCCCUGCUCAGCACCCUGGUCUGAGGUUAAUUUAUUCUGUGUCUACUGAGAGGGGCAUCUGCAGCCACCUUUUCUUUGGUAAAGCAGAACAUCCGGGAGAUUUUCUGGAAAUGGACGUGAUCUUCCUUGGGUGGCUCAGAAUUUAUAAUCAGAUGGUUACGGCUUUAUGACAGGAUGGAGUUAGUAAUGUCUGUUUGUGCCUGAUUAUUUUUGUAAGUUAAAAUAAAAUGCAAACCUCUUCCCACUGUCUAAAA